AUGGCCCAAUUCCACGAAAAUAAAAUGGGUACCCCUUUUCAAAUUCGCAUAGCUCAAAAAAAUGAUACCUCAGACACGGGCUCGCAUGAUGUGAUUUUGGCGCUGUGCAUUUCAAGGGAAUCUAUUUGUGUACGAAAUGAUAGUUCUGGCGUCAACAAUAUAACAAUCUUGUCCAAAGCAUUGUCGAGCUCCUCCAUGUUCAACAAAGCGGUCUCCGCUUCCAAGCGUAGUAGCGCUGUUGGACAGACCCCGUAG